UAUGUCUGGCAAAGGAAAGUCCGGGAAGGUUGGAGGCAAGUCUGGGAAGACCGGGGGUGAGGGUGAAAAGGGUACUUCACGCUCUUCGAAGGCUGGGCUUCAAUUCCCUGUCGGUCGUAUCCAUCGUCUCUUGAAGCGCGGCAACUAUGCUCAGCGCGUCGGCGCUGGUGCCCCUGUCUACCUCGCUGCAGUUCUGGAAUAUCUUGCUGCCGAAAUUCUCGAGCUGGCUGGCAACGCUGCUCGUGACAACAAGAAGGCGCGUAUCGUGCCUCGUCAUCUUCAGCUUGCUAUAAAAAAUGACGAAGAGUUGAACAAGCUCCUGGGAUCUGUCAUCAUCUCGCAAGGCGGUGUUGUGCCACACAUCGCCCAGGAGCUUCUUCCGUCCAAGUCUAAGGUUUGUUCUUGGGUCAUUGGACUAAUGCUCUGUGUGCUGAGGGACUCAUUUUCACAGAAACCAGGCGAAAGCCAGGAGAUUUGAUUACGUUCUGUUUUUAUUGUCUGUGUAUAUGUUUUGUUUGUGUACCCGUAUAUUAUUCGUUUGUUAUAAGAGCUCUUUAUUUUUUUCCCUUGUUCAUUCUUGGUGAAGUGCUUCUACCAUUCGAACUUAGCUAGGUUAAGUUUUCUGUUCGUGGUAAAGGAUGUCGCAACGUAGUAAGUGGCGCAAGGAGCGUCAGGUAUUGGUGGGUUUGAUUAUCAGUUCGGCUUACUUUCUCAACCAAGCUUGCUUGGGGUGGGCUGGGCAGGUUACCAGCCUCUUGGAAUGGGAUGGGCGCGUUGCAAAAUCGG